AUGGCAGCAGACGCAGCUGUCGAGAAAGUCGAAGAGGUGGUGGCGGAGCUGAAGGUGGAGGGGGACAAGGCGGAGGAGAAGGCGGAGGAGGAGGUGAAGGUGGAGGACGACGCGGAAGACGACGACGACGAGGACGAUGACGACGACGACGAGGGCGCCGACGACGACGCCGCUGCUGGCAACCGCAAGGGCAAGCAGAGUCGCAGUGAGAAGAAGGCGCGCAAGGCGGUGCAGAAGCUGGGGCUCAAGGCGCUGACGGGCGUGUCGCGCGUGACGAUCAAGCAGAGCAAGAGCACGCUGUUCGCCAUCUCGCGUCCGGACGUGUUUGUGAGCCCUGCGUCCAACACGUACGUCAUCUUUGGCGAGAUCGAGGACCUCUCCGCCCACGUGCAGUCGCAGGCCGCUGAGCAGUUCAAGAUGCCCGACUUCGCGGCUGCUGAUGUCAAGGCUGUGGAGACAGCGGCAGCGGCAGAGGAGGCGGAGGAGGAUGUGGAUGCGACAGGUGUGGAGGAGAAGGACAUUGAGCUCGUCAUGACCCAGGCGGGCGUUUCCCGUGGCAAGGCCAUCUCUGCCCUCAAGUCCACCAGCGGUGAUAUCGUCGAUGCCAUUAUGCGCCUCACCACUUAG